AUGGAGAAUGGAACUUCUCCAUUUUAUUUCAACUUCAUCAUGUUUGAGGACCAAGGACUCUACAGAUAUCUUUACUUUUGUAUGUGCUUGCCUUUGUACAUUGCUAUAAUCACAUCAAAUAUUAUUAUAAUAAUUGUAGUUUCUCUUGAGGAAACAUUGCAUAAACCCAUGUAUUUUUUAAUUUCAUGUCUCUCAAUCAAUUCUCUUUAUGGUUCUGUUGCUUUCUUCCCAAGAUUCAUGAUGGAUCUUCUUUCUGACAUUCAUCUAAUUUCCCGUCCUGCUUGUUUCACGCAAAUAUUUGUCAUUUACACGUAUGCAUCAUAUGAAUUUAGCAUUCUGGGGAUCAUGGCUUAUGACAGAUAUGUUGCAAUAUGUCAACCGUUACAUUACCAUAACAAUGUCACUUUAAAGAUCCGUCAGUUAAUAGCCUUUGCCUGGAUCUAUCCUUUGUUCACUCUAGGAUUAAUUGUGUACCUUUCUGUCAAGCUACCAUUGUGUGACAACAGAAUAGCAAGAGUGUUUUGCUCUAAUUGGGCUGUGGUUCGAUUGUCAUGUGUGGACACAAGACUGAACAAUGCUAUAGGAAUGUUAGUGACUAUUAUUUCAAUAUUUCUACCAUUGGUCUUUGUUUUGUAUACUUACUUAAGAAUUCUAUUAGUUUGUCGGAAAAGUUCCACAGAGUAUAGAGGAAAAGCAUUACAAACCUGUUUACCUCACAUUGUUACAUUUGUUAACUAUUCAAUCACCACAUUCUGUGAAAUUACUCUGAGUCGUUAUGAACCUAAUGAACUGAAUCCUUUCAUAAUUGUAAUUUUGUCAUUGGAGUUUGUAGUUAUUCCUCCCAUUUUGAAUCCUCUUAUUUAUGGUUUGAAGUUGCCAGAAAUUAGAAAACAAAUUUUUCAAUUGUUGUCAUUUCAGAAAAUGGUCUCUUAA